AUGUCACUGGUGGAAGCCGACAGUUAUGGCCUCGCGGCGCGGGAUAUCGGGGGUGAAGGGCAGCCGCAGUUGUAUUUGGCACGCUCCACGCACCAAGUUGAGCGCGGCGUUAGGCCGGAGGUGGCGCUGCGCCACCUCACGGAGGGGUUUCUCAACUUGGAGCAGCAAAUGAGGCUGUGGCGUCGGCAGCUGCAGCGCAAGCUGGGGGACAUUGAGCGCCGCGUGAGUCGCUGUGAGUCCGCGCUGCUGCUGACCAAGGCACUGGCGCCCCGCCCACCCGUGGCGGAGGCCGCAACGCACACGUACAGUGACGCCGAGGGCGGGGUGGAAGAUGCGUUUAGGCGGCUCCAGCUCACUUCAAAGGCUCUCCGUGCGACGGUAGAGGAGUGCGCCCGCGGAGGGGCGUCGUGCGUGGCCCCCAACACGCCGCGGACAGGAGACUGGCAUGAGACGGCAUCCGCAGCGAGGCAGGGUGUGAGUGACGACAGUGCUGUCUCCGCCGACCGGGCGGGGGUGUUUGCCUCUCCCUGCGGCGCGGGGCGCAGAUGUGCCCCGAAGUGGGGAAUGUCGCCCACCGCGGACUCCAGCGCCGCGGUGGGAAGCGGGGAAAGUGCCGGGGUCACACCUGACACCGCGGAGACGUACUCGCCGCGGCUGGCCUCCGCUCACGCCGCCAUUGCGGCUGAGUUGCGUCGCGGCGAGAGAAGAAGGCGACGUCGCGCGGCAUCCUCGUGUUCAUCUGACUCACACGCGCAGAGCCCUCUUCAACCCUCGUCGUCUUUCUCCACAAUGACGUCCAUCACCCGGCGGGCGUGCAGCGCGACGGAUAGCACGUGUUGCCGUGACUGGUCGCCGUUUAUUCAGGUGCCGGGGGGGCCAGAGGGGGCCGUCAGCUCUGGGGCGAAGGCGGCCGCGCCGGAGCCCCGCAUGGAGUCAACGGCGACAACAACACGGCCGUCAUGUGACGCUGCAGUAACCGCAUCCCCCUCUGCGCGCGUCCUGUCCCUAGAACGACGACUCUCUUACUCCCCGGAAAUGCCGAAGCGCCGGCAGCGAGAGGCGUUGUGCGUGUCAGCCAAGCUGACCAGCAGUGCCUUUUUGUUUGUGAAAAGGGGGAGAAAAGCAUCCUUGGCCGGUGCCAAAGCUUUGGAGCCGCCACAGAACUUCACUGGACCUGUGUUUGCUUCAAGGCCAGUGCGUGAUGCGAAAGCACGGCCAGAUACAUCACCGUUCCCACAACUCGGCGAUGCCGUCAGUGAUGUGUCAGCCGCGACAGGUGGCGGAGUCCCCGCGGCCCCACCGCUGUACUUCGUGUCGCAGCAUCGCUGCAGCCCCAGCGGCAGCAGUGAUGACGGCCAUGAAGACGCCAGCGAACGGGAGGAAGUGAAGGAGUGGAGCGCAGGCAGCGCUGAAGGAAUUUUCCCUGCGUCUGCCCCAGCUCUGCCCAGGGUGGACACGGUGUGGCAAAAAGUGGUUGAGCUGGCCCAUGCUGAGCAGUACUGCGAGCAGCUGCACGCGUUGCAGUAUCCUCCCCUCUCCAUGUUAUCCUCGGGUGUACUAGAGGUUUCCGCAUCGACGGCAAAGGAAAUGUAA